AUUGCACACACAUCGCGACAAAGGGUGCGUCGUGCAACUAAUUAGAGCAGACACCCCAAGGCUCGUAUUAAAAUAAUGUCUCAACUUAGCUGAAUAUCAAGAAAUAACUGAGAAAAUUACACCUAGGAUUAGGUUAAGGUGCUGCAUACCUUAAGCCCACUUUCAACGGAGCCCAGGCCCAGUGGGCUGGUGGUGUGGCCGUGAUUUUUCCUGCAAAAAUUGCAACAUGGGUUUGCUUGACAUGGGAAAAGCUGCACUGUCAACAACAUUGCUCAAGAUUGUACUGGGAGUAACGCUACUGGCAGCUUCUUUCCUUCGCUACAAUGCUGUGUCCGGUGUUUACCUGCUCUGCCUGCUGGCACUGCCCCUUAUACCCAACCCAAGCCGGCAGACGAUGUCAGGGAGGACAGCCAUAUACCUGGUCAUAGUGAUCAUCUUGUCCAGCCUUGGCUGCCUCACCCAGGCAAUAUUUCAAACCGUCCUGGCUGCUGAUUCUCCUUAUGGUCAUGACUGGGAAGCAUGUAACGGAACGGAAGUUCUAUGGAGACAGUUAGGGUAUCAAAGAUUGGACGAACUCUCGGCUGUAUCACUCUGCCGCCUCAUCCUUCCGGAUGUGGUCCUCCUCAUCGUCACCAUCGUUGUAUUCGUCGUCUGCAAGAAGCUCUGCGCUCCGCCCGCCCCGCCGCCGGAGGGAACCAACCCUCAAGAAGCCAGCGGUGGAAGCAGCAGCGUCGGCAGCGGAGUUGGGGUGGUCAAACGCCGAACGAAACAAAAGUCUGCGGUCGCUGAGGGGAUCCAGUCCUUCAUCGCUAUGUUCCUGUGCGCUUUGGCCGCGGUCAUCCUCCCAUCGGCUACAUCUGGAUUCUACUUCAUCACGUUUCUCAUGGUCAUCACUUGGUGGUCGCUCUACCAGUCGUGGGGUCGGAGGUUCUACCAUGUCUGUAUCGUUUGGCUGCUCUACAGCGGCGCUCACAUCUUGGCGUUGUACCUCUACCAGUUUCCAUUCUUUCAAGAAGCUGUUCCUUCAGAUGGCUUCUAUGCAAGGCUGUUUGGAUUGAAGGCCAUCAUCGAUGCGACCCAGUGCGACGAGCCUCGUGAAAUCCUCAUUGUUACCGGCCAGCGGUGGUUCUUCUACGUCAACCCCGGGGCCGUGCUGGUGUUCUAUAUCUACCUUGGCUUAUUGAUCCGGUGCUGGCUUGAUGGACCCCAGAGAAGACAAACAUAUAUUAAUGACAUCGCAAAUAGAAAGGAACAUGAGGUUGUUAGGAAGCAAAAGAAAGCCAAGCGACAUGGAGAGAAGGAGGUUUCACCACAGAAACAGCGCCUCAUGGAUGAGAGUGGCCCAUCCUACCAAUCAAUGGACCCCACCUCCUCACCGGAGGCUGGAGCUAGUGGCAGCGCAUCAGAAGGAGAGGCGGGUCUGGAGAGACAGACAUCCCACGUCGGAUCCACCAAGAGCGAAGAGGAAGGCAGACAUAAGAUGUCACCGUUUGCCACGGUGGUCGCUUACAUCACCAAACAGUGCUACAUCGCCGCUCUCAUCCUGAUGAUGGUUUGGAGUAUCACAUACCAUAGCUGGCUGACCUUCGUCCUCCUUCUCUGGGCCAUCAUCAUCUGGAUCAUCCCGGCAUCCACCACGCGCACCAGGACCUUCUACUGCUCUCCGUUGCUGGUGCUGUACUGCGAGGCUCUCCUGCUCAUCCAGUUCGUCUACGGUCUGGAGCUGAACGACACCGAGCUGCCGUCCGAGACCAAGGACGGAAUCAAUCUGACGGAGAUCGGCCUGAUGAAGUUCACUGACCCCUGUAUUCCACUCGGUCUUCAGCUUGUGUACACCCUGAUGCUGUGGCUGACUCUUCGUCAGUUCCUGAGAGAGAAGCGUCUGACCAAGAUGAACGUCAACUCGGACGGUAUCAUCCUGCAGCCCUUCGGAAUGAUCUUUUCUGAUCCAGAUGAAGAGAUGACGGCCAUCACCGAGGCACAGGAGGGAGGAGACUUUGUGGACAAGGGAGACAGCGAGACGAUGUCAGUUAUCGGGACCACCAUCUGGGGGAUCUUCUCCAAGUAUUGGAUCUUCCUGGUGGGUGCCAUGUUCCUCAUUGUCAGCCUUCAGGAGUCCGUGGACGUCUUCAAGAUUAUCUACAUGGUGCUGUUCCUCCUGAUAGUCAACAUCUUUCUGUGGUCUUUCACAUUGUUCCGUGGGUUGAUCUGGAUUUUCUUCUGGCUGGUCGUGAUUUAUUCCAUCGGUGUCUUAGUCCUCAUCUACACGUAUCAGUUUGAAAAAUUCCCGGGAUACUGGACGAACGGCACAGGGAUCUCUCAAGAUGUAUUUAAAGAUCUUGGACUACGUCGGUACGACACCUCUGACUUGUUCCUGAACCUUCUGAUCCCGACAUGUUUCAUCAUCAUCAUCAUGGUCUACAUCCAUUACUUUCACUCCAAGUUUAUGGACAUCACCAAAAUCCAGAAGUCUGGAUACAAGCCAAGUAAGAUCAAGGAGGAAGAUGAUGAUGAAGAAGGAGCUGGACAAGAUGAGGGAGAUGGAGGAGCAGAAGGAGCAAAAGAAAGCAAGAGCCACUCCAGAUUGAAGCUGUACGUACGCUACUUAGCCAUCAUCUGUAGAACUCACUAUCGCCGAGUGGCGUCCAUUAUCUGGAGAUGCCUUGAGAUUCACAUGAGCAAGAUUGUUAUCUUCACCAUCAUCCUAGUCGUCACUAGAGAGAUUACAGCAGUCAACGGCGUCUUGGUGCUCCUCAUCUUCUUGAUCCUCCCGUUGCCAUGGUUUACCCGCCUCAUGUUCCUCAUCACAGCUCUGUGGGCGUCUGUGGUCCUCUUCAGUAAGAUGGUGUUUCAGCUGGACCUCAUGCCUACCGAUGAAUUGGCUGUCAACUGCUCGAAUUUUGACUACCCGCUAAGCGACUCUUUCAGUUCAGUAGAGUGGGUUGGACUGAAACAGGUCCCCAACUUUGCAGGUUAUGUCAUCGGCUAUGUGGCCAUUCUUCUGAUGAUGGUGUUGUGGUACACCGCUCAGCUUCGCAUGGAACACCACCGCAGCAUCAACAACCUUGACAAGCCCAAACAGAGCGUCAUCUUUGAAGAUAUCAAACGGGAACAAGCUGAUAACGGCCUCGUCAGCUGCCUGAAGUUUCUGGCAAAUUAUUGCUUCUACAAGUUUGGACUCGAGAUGUGUUUCAUCACCACGGUGAUCGUCUCUGCUGUACGUCUAGACGCCCUGUCGGUCAUCUACAUGGUGUUGAUGUUGUGCAUGAUAUUCCUCAAGAGAAAGACCGUGUCCUACCUCUGGCCGUUCUACACCAUCAUCCUCGUUCUGCUCCUCCCGCUGACCUACGCCUUGGCUCUAGGGCUCCCUCCAUUGUUCUGCAUUGAAUACCCAUGGACAGAGCCGAUACAGCGCCAGCUGAUCACAUGGCUGUAUCUCUCGGACUACGACCCCAAUGUAGGCCCAGAGGGACAUUUCAUCGUUGCGGACUUUUUGCAGUUGUUGUUCGUGUGCCUGCAGCUUCAAGUGUUUCGUAUUGAGAGGAAUCGUGGCACUGCGUAUGGAGGAGGAGACAAUUAUGAAUGCACUGUAGAUGUCGAGAAUAUCGCCGAGAAUCCUGUACCCAAUUUCACCUUCAAUAAGUCCUAUCUGGAUACCGCCAAGUCUGUGGUCUUUGAGUAUUGGUUCUGGGUGACGUUAGCAGUGACGUUCUUGGCUGGUACUACGCGAGUCAGCCUCUUCGGUCUCAUCUACAUCGUCUUCUCAUUCUACUUCCUCUGGCUAGGAGCUGAAUAUCUCAUUAAGCCUACAGCAGUGGUCAUGAAAAGGUGGAAUCGACUUCUCUUCUACAAUCUGCUGGUCAUCUUCCUCAAAGUUGGGCUCCAGAUUAUGUCUUGUGUCUUCAUAAAGCAGUUACUCUCCAGCGGAGCUUGCUGGGUGCUUCAGCUACUGGGUGUGGUGUGUUUGCAGAACAACUAUGAGCCUCUUAGUGACGCAGAGACCAAGGGUUGCACACUGCCUGUGGACGAGGCUGGCUUGACCUGGGAUGUGUCAGUCUUCAUCUUCUUGAUUGUACAGAAACGCAUCUUCACCAGUAACUACUUCCAGUAUGUUGUCAUCUCACUGGAAGAGGAGAAGAGUCUCGCCUCAAAGGGUGCUGAGCUGAUCAAUGAGCUACUGGCGACCAGAGUCCGCAACAAACGUCUGGAAGAGAGGAGGAUCUUGGAAGGCAUCAAGAAGAAGACGGCACGCAUCAAGAAGAGUCAGUUGGAGUUGACCACCAAAGCAGAAUACACUGAGCCCUUGUAUCACGAUGAAGCUAUCCGUGGUCAAGGCGGUUACUACAUGUUUAAGGACCUGAGUGAUGAAGAGUUGAGUGAUCUUGAACCUGAUGCUAUACCAGCUGCAGAGGAAGGAGAAGAGGACGGUAAACACUCUGCAUUCCAUCUCGUGCACGAUGCAGUUACAAUGAGCCCAGAAGACGCUCUGAAGAAAGAUGAUGAUGCCAAGGAUGACGAGGCAGUGGACGCCGGUGAAGCAUCAGGGACAGACCAAGUUGGUGGGGUCAAGUCUGAAGAUGAGGAGAAGAAAGGCGGUCCCUUGGACAUCGUGGAAGCUGAAGGCGUCUUGGCUGAGAUUGAUGAGCUAGAGAAAGAGGAAGAAACUGAAGGCUCAGUUGGCAUCUGGGCCAAGUUCACCAACAUCGUUAAGCUCGUCUGGCGCGUCUUGAUGCGUGGCUUGGAGGGUUGCAUCCAUUUCUUUGACGAGAUAUCUGAGGAGUACCGCUAUGUCGCUCAGGAGCUGAGGAAACUCAGCACAGAGGGCAAGAGGCAGAGGUCACUCAAGCGUAAGGCGAAGGCCAUCGAGCCACCACCAGAGGGUGAGGGUGAUGGUGAGAUUGAAGAAGUACCGCCACAUGAGCCAACAAGAGUGUCAAUCAAAGUGGAAGAUGCCAAAGAAGACGCUGAUAAUAUUGAUGGUGCAAGCCAAGACGACGCCCUCGCCAAGGUCGAGACCGCCUCCACUGCAGAGACGUCAUCCAGUGAGAAGUUUGUCCGCACCAUGCCACGCCCCGUCCGCUUCAUCUAUGCCCUCCUGUACGCCAUCAUCUCCCAGUCUCAGCUCGUCUGUUUCUUCUUGAUCGUCCUGAACCUCAUGGUGUCCGCUAAUAUCUUGUCUCUCCCACUGCCGAUACUCGUCUUCACCUGGGCCAUGCUGUCGGUGCCCCGCCCGACCAAACGAUUCUGGGUCACGGUCAUUACAUAUACUGAGGUGGUGGUCAUCCUGAAGUAUUUCUUUCAGUUUUAUUUCUAUCCCUGGAACAGUGAGGAGGAGAUGAUUACCAAUGCUAGUAAUCCGCUGUGGUGGCCUUACAUCCUGGGCAUCGACCGUAAAGACAAAUACGCCGUCGUCGAUCUCUGCAUUCUACUGGCGGCUUUCUUCCAUCGAUCCAUCCUGAGAAGACACGGUUUGUGGCAGGAGAGUCAAGUUGUACCCAACUUGGACGACCCCUACACCCAGGAGCAGCUUGCUAUCAAAGAUGCCUCAGCCGAGGAUAAAGAUGCUGAGAAAGAGAAGAAGAAGAAGAAGAAGAAAAAGAAGAAGACCAAGAAAUCAAAGAAAACUGAAGCUGAUGAGGAUACUCCUGAAGAUGAUGAUAAACCAGGAACAUCAGCGGCUGAAGGAGGAGAAACUGCAGCAGAUGGAGAUGAGAAAGAUGCUGCAGUGGAUUCAUCAGAUGAAGAGGAAGAAACAAAGGAGGGAAUCUUUGCACCCUUUGUCAGCUUCUACAAUAACAUGCUGGAUCCAACCUACAGUGCAGUGACUGAUGUCUACGUCCCUAUGUUCCUCUGUGACGUCUUCAACUUUAUACUCUUUGCUGUUAUGUCCUAUUCAUUCGGAGAGGAGCAAGCUCAGACGGAUGUAGCCGAUAUGAUCCAAAGCAACAGCAUCUCCAUGUUCUUCGUUCUCUUCCUCCUCCUUCAGUUUGUGCUGAUGGUGAUCGACAGAGCCAUCUACCUGAGGAAGGCCGUCAUCGCUAAGUUCAUCUUUCUCAUCGCCGUCAUCAUCGGAGUCCACGUCUGGCUGUUCUUCCUACUUCCAAAGAUCAAUAACAGGAGGUUCAUUGAUAACACACCGGCUCAAGUUUUCUACUUUGUGAAGUGCGUCUACUUUGCUUUAUCAGCGUACCAGAUACGCUGCGGCUAUCCAACACGUAUCCUUGGCAACUGUCUCUGCAAACGCUACAACUACGUCAAUCUCUUCCUCUUCAUGGGGUACCAGGCAAUCCCGUUCCUGAAGGAGAUCCGUAUGCUGAUGGAUUGGAUGUUUACGGAUACCACUCUUAGCCUGGCACACUGGCUCGAGAUUGAGGACGUCUACUCCUCCGUGUAUCCCAUCAAAUGCUGGAGAAAUGCUGAAGUGGCUUACCCUGUAGAUCGAGGUCUACUGAAGAGCAAGGCAGUCAAGUAUGGAGCCGGUGGUAUACAGCUCUUUUUUCUCCUGGUCAUCGUCUGGUUCCCGCUCCUCCUUAUCUCACUGUCCAACUCGUCCAACAUCUCCAAUCCGAUCUCAUCAGUAGACAUUAGUAUUACCAUCAGCGGAUAUGAUGUAAGACCGAUUCGUAGUAUUAUUGAUUGA